AUGACCGUAACGAAUCGGCGCUACCAUCGGGCACAUCUGUCAACCUCGGUUCAUUUUCAGCAGACGGCCGGUACAACUUCCCAUACGUUAGCGACGGUCAGUAGCGGCAACAGCAAUAAUGCACCCAACUGUCUGGACAGUAACGGUGAGGAUGAUGGCGGUGCCAUGUUUACACCGUUCCCAAAGCACGUGCCGUAUCCGAACGUGGAACAAAGCUCUGAACUGAUGAACGAGUUGUUCAUAUUCUGCUUCACGAUCCUCGCUAGUGCGACUCAGUUUUUGCACCUGUACCGAUCGGUCUGGUGGCUGCCAAAUUCUUACAACCGGCAGGCAGUGAACUUUUAUCUAAUCGACUGGGAUUUGGCCAUCUUUAUCGACAUUAUGGCUAGCCGGCGGCUGCUGUACUGUUGCAUACUGAAGUUCAUCGAUGCAAACUGCCCGGAAGCGUACGUGGAAGUGAGCAAAAAGGCGGCCAAGUAUACCUUCCUGGCGUUUGUGGCGAUCUCGUUUGUUGCUUGUGGGACACAAAUUUACCAGAAAGCCAGCUACAUACAUCUGUUCGUGUUAAGCUACCCCUUGGUACUGUAUCUAAUGAUAUUUGGGCUGAAUAUGGAACAGUUUUUACGUACGAUCGUCGACACGGAACCGAACUGUAUUAACGGAAUGCCACUGCACAGCUGUUCCUCAAACCCUGGCUCAAUUCGAACGGAAAUCGAUGCACUAAAGACGGAUUUUAACAGCCGAUGCAAGCAGGUUAUCUUUACGUCACUGCUGAACGCGUACUAUGCCGGAUUCGUGCCCUGCGUGCUGGCAUCGAAGCAUCUGUACUACAAUAACUUCUGGACGACGCAGCAUAUGGCCUGUGUGUUUGUUGGCGGAUUGACCAUGUGCGUAACGUACUGCUUCCCGAUGCGCUACUGUGACGUUUUUCACCGUGCAGCACUACAUCUCGGCCAGUGGCAUCGGGUGAACAAUCGAUCGAACAGUGCGCCGGCAUAUACCUGGUCGAAGACGAACAUUUACCCGCACGGUACGUACGUGCGCCAUUUGGGAGAAGUGUACCGAUCCGUGGGCUACUGCACUUCGGCCAUUCCAGCAAACAGCAGCCAUUAUAGAUUUUACGCAAUUUUCAGCAACCAUGUCAUCAUAUACAUGUCACUGUUUACGGUACAGAUGAUGCUGAUCGUUUUGCAGCUUGCCAUAUUUGCCCUAACGCCCGAAUGGCAGAACGUGCUGUCGGUCGGCUUUUUGCUGCUGACCAAUUUCUUCACACUGUUUCGGAUCGCGCGCGAUUACUUUAUCGCUCGUCGGAUAUAUGCCAACGAGCCACUUUUUCUAGGCAUGAAGUUGCAGUAG